AUGACUAAGGUAAGCAGGAAACCACAGGAGCCAAGAACAGCUGCAGUAAAAUCCAGUCUGAGGAUCAAAGAGAAGAAGACCCUCUGUCAACCAAGGUCCAGAGAUGGUGUCAAAGUACCGAAGACAACCAUGAAAGUCAAAAGAUCCUGUCAAAGGAAUUCAAGAAAAAAAAUUCAAACAUCUGCCACUCAGUCUAAAAAACUUAAAACAGACAGAAAACCAAAAAUGGUGGCCUGUUACUAUAUGCCUAACAAGAAAUUGAAUCAAAGUAAGAAAAUGAAUCAAAAUAAGAGGCAGAAUCAAAAUAAGGGACAAGCUCAACCUGUCCCAGAACAAGAGACCCUGGAGAAGCCCAUGCUUAACAAGAAAUUGAAUCAAAGUAAGAAAAUGAAUCAAAAUAAGAGGCAGAAUCAAAAUAAGGGACAAGCUCAACCUGUCCCAGAACAAGAGACCCUGGAGAAGCCCACCACUUCAUAUAACCUGUGA